CGCUUAAAUAGAAGGAAUGUCAUCUUUUUUUAUAAUUUAAGUCAUAUAUAUAUAAGCGCAGUAGUAAUAAGAAGCUAUAGGAGUUUGAUAUAGCAUUUACAUUUACAAUUCAGUGACUUUAGCCCUCCGGAGUAUACAGCAAUAGAGACCUAGCCUAUAUUUUCUGGAUUUAAAAGCAGGAGGAUUUUUAUUACAUCUCUAGUCAAUGGAAAGUUAACUCUUACUGGAGAUGGAUUGGUGUUUAAAAGGGAGAGUUUAUCUCCCAUUUAUGGUGCUAUAUUGUUUAAUCUUAGUUUCACAAGUUCAUACUGCCCCAUCUUUCACUAAGAGUACUUUCGAUCCUGAGGUGAAUGAAGACGUUGCCAUAGGAACAAGUCUUCUGCAACUAACUGCUGUUGAUCCUAGCUCAUCAGGUCUAAUAUUCUCAUUGAACAAUAGAGAUGGGAGUCCUGCCAUGGAGUAUGUCAUCCUUGAACCAACCACUGGGAAUAUCUUCCUUAAAAGAUCUCUUGAGGACUCCUUGAGUGCCAAUGAACUCAAGUUAAGGGCCAGAGUUACCAAUGAUGCCUCAGAAUCCGCAGAUGCAGAUGUUACUAUUACAAUUGUGCGUGAUGAAGGGGUACCUGUCUUUCAAAACAUUGAUACAUACAGUGUUACUGUUGGGGUCAGCAAACAGCCUGGCUUUGAGGUGUUUACUGUGCGUGCAACUGAUGGUGAUCUCGAGGGCCAGAUUCACUAUGCAAUAGUUGGGGUAUACCCCAUAACCGAUUACUUCCAAAUAAGGAAUGAUACAGCUUCCCCAGGAUCAGCAGUAAUAUCAGUCAGCAAGUCUCUAUCAGAUCUGAACUCAUGUGAACAUAUUUUGAGAAUUUCGGCAUAUGACAGCACUUUUGCUGACCAUAAAGCCUUUGCAGACCUGAAGAUCACAAUCAAUAGAGAUGAGAGCAUCCCUCGCUUCGAAAAAUCCAUCUACAACGGAGAGGUCUCGGAGACUGCACAAAUUGGAGAUUACAUUGAGACAACAGUCCAGGCUAUUGAUAGUGAUGGGGACUCUCUUAAAUAUGAAGCAAUUGGUGUCAAUGAUGCCCCACAGUUUUUCCAUGUAGACCCAAUAUCAGGAAGAAUCUAUGUAAAGCAACUGUUGUAUGGUGGAUCCACAGCUAGCUAUACACUACGAGUACGUGCAACAGAGACACAGACAAGUGACAAAUCAUACACAAAUCCUGAUGCUGAUGUGGUUAUAACGGUACAGCGUGACAAGGGUCCCCCUGUGUUUGAACAGGCCACAUAUACGCCUCCCAGUAUCAGUGCUAAUACAGGUACUGGAAGCAUUGUAGGAACUGUAAAGGCUGUUGAUCCAGACCCAAAGGGCAUUUUGAGGUACAAGGUAGUAGGAGACUAUCCUGCCGAUGCUUUCUUUACUGUUGGAGAGACCACUGGAACUGUUUCAGUCUCAAGAGACUUAAGGGAGGAUGUCAUGAAAAAUCUACAGUACUCAGUCAAAGUUCAAGCAUUUGAUGAUGCAGCUCCAAUGGCAACUGGAGAGACAACAAUGGUUGUCAAGGUAACACGCAACACCAGGGCUCCAACUCUUCAAACUGAUGCUUCAUCAAACAUAGUCCUCAAGGAGAGUCAGGUUAUAGGAGAGGUUUUUAUAACAGUUCUAGCAGUAGAUAAUGAUGGGGGUACAGUUACUUAUGGAUUGAAAAAUACCGACGCUCUGACUAAGUCAUUCUUCUAUGUGGACCCUUCUACUGGUGCCGUAUCAACCAGAAAAUCUCUCAAGAACUCUGUAGGAAGCACUUUCAAUUUGAUUGUUGAGGCCUGCGAUGAUGGGAACCCCAAGUUAUGCACUGAUUCCACUAUCUCUCUGACUGUGAUGCAGUCUGAAUACAAGCCAAAGUUCUCACAGGCUCAGUAUGAUCUCUCUGUCAGGGCAGACACAUCUACGGGAGUCUCAAUUGGCAGAGUGGUUGCUACAGAUGAUGAUCUUAAGGGUAAUCUAAUCUACACAGUGACAGGAAGGGCACCUGGUGAUUCUUACUUUGGGGUGGACAUGCUACAAGGCAUCAUUCGUGUCACUGAUGACCUCUCAAAAGAUGACAAUGAAAUGUACAUGCUUGAUGUCCAAGUGUAUGAUGACCAAGACCAGGGAAACAAAGCCACAGCUAUUGUUGCAAUUACAGUGAACCGUAAUCCCAGCACUCCUGUGUUUGAACAGAACCCAUACACUGUAAGAGUGAGGGAGAAGAGACCUCUGGGAGAUGUCCUUGUUCAAGUAGUAGCCUCUGAUGCAGAUACUAAUGAUCGCCUGGCAUAUACAUUGAUGGGGAAUAGUCUUGCCAUUCGGUACUUCUAUGUCCAUCCUUUCACAGGAGAGGUUGCUCUUAAGAAACAACUUGCAGAAGGAACAUCAGAGACAUAUGACCUGCAGAUCAUGGUGAGUGACCAGGCUCUUCCAACUGCAAAGACUGCCACAACUCAGGUGUUAGUCAGUGUGGUUCGUGAUGUGGACCCACCAUACUUCAUCUCAGACCCAUACUAUCGUAAAAUUCUGGAGACUCAUCCUGUUGUUGGUACUGUCACUGAGGUCCUGGCUAGGGAUGACGAUAUGUAUGAGGGCAACAAGAUUAAAUAUGAACUUGAUGGAGUCUACCCUGCUCAAGAUUUCUUCUAUGUGACUCCUACUGGCGUGAUCAGAGUUAAGAGGGACCUACGUGAUGAUCCUUCAGAGCUGCCAACAUACAAGUUGACAGUUAAAGCCACUGACCCUGACAAUCCAGAAAACCCAACAUAUGGAACAGUCACAGUUGAUGUAGAUCGUAACCUCAAUGGGCCCAAGUUCCACCCUACCAAUUAUGUGAGGUAUAUCACUGAGAAUUUUGUACUUGGAAACACAAUCAUUAACCUGAAUGCAACUGAUGAAGACAAAGGGGAUGUUAUAACUUUCAUUCUGAGAAGUGCUACAGAUGAUGGAAAUGACUAUUUCUAUGUCCAUGAAAGGAAUGGUGCUGUUAUCCUAAAAAAGAUCUUGAUAGAUAACCCUAUCAAGAAGUAUGAGUUGAUAGUUGAUGCAGUAGAUGACAGUGGACGUAAUGCAACCACUAAGGUCACCAUUCACAUAGUGCCAGAUGAAAGUAAACCAGAGUUCAGUCCUACUAACAACACAGUGGACACAGAUGAAAACCAACCAAUAGGGAAGGUCUUGAAAACUGUCACAGCAACUGAUGGAGAUUUAAAGGGCCGUAUGCAGUAUGAAAUUAUUGGACUGUAUCCUGCUGAGGAUUAUUUUAGCAUCGAUAGGAACACUGGACAAAUCGCUGUGUUAGGCGAUCUGAGGGAGGACCCUCUCAAGCUGUUCAUGUAUACACUGCGUGUCAUUGCCUAUGAUAGCCUCAGUCCAACAGAGCGAGCACAGAGAGAUUUCUACUUUUAUGUGGCACGUAAUCUUCAUGGGCCAGAAUGGAUGUUUGAUACAUUUUCCCGUGCUAUCAGACUACCAGUGGAGACACCUACUGGCACUUCUGUGGUCAAAUUGCAGGCUAAGGAUAAAGAUGUAAAUGAUGUCAUACGCUAUGAUGUGAAGGAUGACAACUCAGGAAGGAGUGCAUUGGAAUAUUUCUGGUUAAACAAGGACACUGGAGAUUUGAUACUGAGGAAAAAUCUUCCACAAAGUCUCAGAUUCUUCUAGUUCAGUGUGAUAGCAAGUGACCAAUCCAAUCCAGAGAGAACAAAUGAGACAACAAUCCAAAUAACUACAAGGUUGGAUGAUGAGGCACCCAAGUUUGACUCAAGUCGAUAUGUUGUUAAUAUAAAUGAGGACCAUGAUGUCAAUGGAACUUCCAUAGAGACCGUAACAGCUACUGAUGAGGAUGGCACAAUUGGCAAUCUAGUGUAUGAAGUGGUUGGGGAUGUACCAGCGCCAUCUUUCUUCUGGGUGACCCAAGGUGGCCUUGUUUAUAUCAGCCAGCCCCUUAAGGGGCAUUACAUUGACAAAUACUAUCUACGUAUCCAUGCAUACGAUGAUGCCAAACCUACUUUUAAGUCUGAAGCCAUAGUUGAGAUCAAUGUUGCACGUAAUCCUAACAAGCCAGAAUUUACUGGUCUCACAGGAGGUAAAAUUGUAGCUGUUCUUCCCACUAGUACGCCAUUGGGACAAGUAGUUGGUGACUUUAAUGCUACAGAUGCUGAUAAUGAGGAUGUACUACGCUACAGCUGGAAGAACAUCUAUGGUCCUGGAACUGACUUAUUCUUCCUCAAUCCUAGCACUGGUGUUGUAACAUUAAAGAAAUCUCUCAAAGAAACAAAUGUCAACAAUUUCACAAUCCCAGUCAUUGUGUCUGACAAUGGCUAUCCCUCCAAGAGUGCAGAGGCCAUACUUGAAGUGAAAAUCAUAGGAGAUCGUGAUGCACCUUAUUUCACCAAUUCAGGGCCAUUCAAUGGAACAGUAUCUGAGAAUGAACCUGAGGGACAUGUCUUCUUCACUGAGCUUGAUGCCAAAGACCCUGAUGCUCAGGGUAAACUGGUGUAUGAGUUGAUAGGUGUACCACCAACAGGGCAGUACUUCGCAGUUGAUCCUAACAAUGGAGAUAUCUCUGUUAAGACAGACUUAACAAGAGAUGAUCAAAGCCCAUACAUUGCUGAAGUAGUUGCUUAUGAUGACUUGAACCCAGAAGUACGUGCUACAGCCACUGUUACAAUCAUUGUGUCUAGGAAUGAGCAUGGACCUGUGUUUAGUGAGAACCCAUACCUGGCGGAUGCAUCUGAGAACACACCUCUUGGUCAAGAACUCAAGAACAUCACAGCCACAGAUGAAGAUGAUGAUGUAAUCAGCUACAGAAUUGUUGGAGGGGAAGAAGAAUUGAAAUAUUUCUACCUCAACCCUGACAAUGGCAAGCUUAUACUGAGACGAUCAUUGCAUCCAGGAACACAGACUCUCUACAAUAUUACUGUUGAAGCAAGUGACAACAGCUCACCAGAGAGAUUUGCUAGAAGCCAAGUGUUAGUGAAAGUUGAUCGUGAUACGCAUCUCCCCGUGUGGACCAAAGAUCCAGAGGAUCCAACCAUUGAUGAAAAUAGACCUGAGGAUCCUACUGAUCCUAUCACUCAUGUCAAUGCAACUGAUCCUAACCUCAAGGGUGAACUUGUGUAUGAGCUCAAUGGAGUUUAUCCAUCAGAGGAAUUCUUUGGUGUAAACAGGAAGACUGGCGCCAUCUAUGUGAAAAAGUCUCCACGCCUUGACCCUGCCAAGAGAGACCGCUAUUCAUUGAAAAUUGAUGCCUAUGAUACAGCCUACCCCAAGAAUGUUAUCACCACCUACAUCACUGUGUAUGUCACAAGAAAUCCUUCACGCCCUGUGUUUCCCGUUGAUCCUGAGCAACCCAAGAUUCCUGAAGAUAUUGAUCCUGGAACAGAAGUUAAGCCACAUGUAACUGCAGAGGACCCUGAUGGGGAUGAGGUUACUUAUGAACUAGUGGGUGAUGAACUGGCUAAGGAACAUUUCUAUGUUGAUCCUAGCACAGGACAGAUCUAUGUAAAGAAACCUCUCACUGAGGGGGAGAAACCACUGCCAGACUUCUAUAAUUUAACAAUCAAGGCUACAGAUAAUGGUGAACCACCUAAGUCUUCCUAUACCAAUGUUAUUGUGAACGUCGAUCGUGACAAGUUUGCCCCAGAAUUCACUGGGACACCAUACAACAAAACUCUGGAUGAGGAUGUCCCAAUAACCACUCCUGUUGUCACGGUAACAGCAACAGAUGCUGACCAAUGGGGUGAUCUUGUGUAUGAGAUAGAGAGUGUGUCUCCCCCUGCAGAACUAUUCUCUAUCAACCCAUCUACAGGUGCUAUAACAGUUUCUAAGUCCCUGGAGAGUGGCAGUCAACCUAUGUAUAAACUCGCGGUUGCUGCCUUCAGCUCGAGGUACCCUAACAACAAGGGACAUGCAGAUGUUACAGUGUAUAUCACACGUAACCUGAAUGGGCCUAAAUUCCCCGAUGGUGGAUUCAAGGCAAAGGUUGGGGAGACCAUCCCUAAUGGUGACCAUGUUACAACAGUCACAGCAACGGAUGAUGAUAACGACCUAUUAUACUACACAUUGGAGGGAGAUUCCAACUGCACAGAAUAUUUCUAUAUUGAUAGUUCAACAGGGAAGGUUAACCUCAAGAAACUUCUUACUGAGACCACAAUAUUGCAGUUCCAGUGUGUUAUACGUGCCAAUGACCAAGCUGUGCCAAACUCCAAAUCUGCUGAUACUCCUCUGAUCAUUGAUGUAGACAGAACAUUCAAGGGGCCAAGUUUUACAGUAGAUUACACCACAAGGAAUGUAUCCGAAACAACACCUGUUGGUCAACUUGUUGCUGUUCCUGAGAUUACGAGCACAGGGGGCCAUAAGUUUGAGAUGGUUGGUUAUUACCCCGGAGAUGUAUUCUUUGAGAUACACCCUAACACUGGGGCAAUCACCGUUAAGAAAAGUUUGCUGGAGGACUCACUCAAAACAGUAAAGUAUGAGCUUCGUGUAGCAGUGUACUACGUAGACUUCCCCUACUAUAAAUCCUACACUACAAUAGGCAUCAACUGUCUUCGCAACCAGAAUGGGCCCCAGUUCCCCACAGGGGUGGUAUAUAGGGUCACUAUAGAGGAUGACAAACCUACAGGGGAGGAAGUUAUUACAGUUACUGCUACAGACAAUGAUGAUUCUGAUAGUCUGAUCUAUACAAUAACAGGGGAUGCCACAGCUAGAGAAUUCUUCCUGAUUGAUCCAUUGUCGGGCGAAAUACAGCUGAAAAAAACUGUCCGUUAUGAUGAAAGCUUAACAUAUGAGCUUGCUGUCUCAGCAGCAGAUCCCCAGGACAGGUAUGGGUCAACUACAGUGUAUGUUGAUGUGAACCGUGAUUCAAGGCCACCAUUGUUUAUAGGCAAUUACUUUGGUAAUGUAGCUGAGAAUGAUCCUAUUGGUUACUCUGUUGUCACCGUGGCAGCCAUUGAUCCAGAUCUCAAGGGUGACCAAGUGUAUGAAUUGACAGGAAUAUUCCCAGCUAAUAUUUUCUUUGGCAUAAACAGAACCUCUGGUACCAUCUAUAUUAGGAAUGAUCUGAAGGGAGACUGGAUGAAAAGAUCAACCUAUACUGCUCUGAUAGAGGCCUAUGAUACCCACUACCCAGAGACUAAAGCAAAGAAAAAUGUGACAAUCACUGUACGUCGUAAUCCAAAUGGACCUGAGUUCUCCCAGUUAGCUUAUAACAAGACAAUUGCGGAGACAUACUCUGUGGGGAACUCAGUGUUGCAAGUGGCUGCCACUGAUGACGAUGGGGAUACUCUUACGUAUACUAUAGAGGGAGCAACAAAUGAUGGCAAAAAUUAUUUCUCGCUCAACCCCCAGUCUGGAAUACUAUUCCUGACCAACACACUUCUACAUACUGCCACAAUGAGAUAUGAUUUCAAAGUUCAGGCAUCAGACAAACAGGUGCCAGAGAGGAAACUGUUGGUCCCAGUUGUAGUAUUCAUUAGUAGGGAUCUUCAGCCUCCAGUCUUCCAGGGCACUCCAUAUGUAUUCAAUGUGCCUGAGAACCACCCUGUCGAUACAGAGCCAUUCGAUGGUGUUCUCGCCCAGGAUCCUGAUGGAACUGGAGAAAUGAGAUACAGAUUGAAAGGAAUUGCGCCUGCAACAGAUUUCUUCAGAAUUGAUCCAAAUACUGGGAAACUAUAUGUAAUAAAGCCUUUGGAUACCGAGACCACUCCAACAUACACACUGAAUGUUGGAGCAAGCAACACAGCAAAUCCUAAAGUUGAGAUUGACACAAUCGUGACGAUUAAUGUAAUCAGGAAUGUGCACAAACCCAUAUUCUCGCCCCCAGAACGUAAUGUCACGGUUGAUGAUGGGACACCCGAGGGAGAACCUAUUGUUACAGUUACAGCCACAGAUGCUGAUCUUCCUGGUCCCAAGAACACUAUCAGGUAUGAGGUUGUUGGAGAUCCUAAAUCAGAGGAGUAUUUCUUUGCCAAACCUACAACUGGAGAGAUAGUGAUCAUCAAAGAUUUAGCUACAGAUCCAGACUUCAACACCAAGUACACUGUGCUUGUGGAGGCUAAGGACAAUGGUUACCCAGCACAGAGCAGCACUGCAACACUCUAUGUGUAUGUAAACCGCAACACUGAACCUCCUUCAUUCCUGGGAGUAGAUGGCUAUGACAAACGGGUUCCCAACAACUGGCCAAUUGGAAAGAAGAUUGUUCAGGUCUCUGCAACUGAUAGGGAUGGCGAGGGGGAUAACAUCAAAGUGACAUUCCUUGUAAAUGGAAAGGGAGCUGAAAGAUUCCAGAUUACCCCAGACACUGGUUUCAUCAGUCUACAUAGUUCACUUGUACCUGAUCAGAUAACUGCUGACAGAAAAUAUGAGAUAUUGGUUGAAGCCAAAGACAGUGGAGUACCCAGCCUCACAUCAUCAGUGACAGUGACCAUCACAGCCUACCCUAACAAUAAGUUACCUGUCUUUGUACCUAAGGAUGAAUAUGAUGUCACUAUACCAGAGGACACUAAGCCUGGUACCACUGUAGAGAAUGUCACAGCUAUAGAUGAUGACUGCCCAGUGGCGUAUGAGAUAGCUGGAGAUGGCCAAGCACCAAACUUCUUCAUCAUCAACCCUGACACAGGAGUUGUGAAACUGAAUGCUUCUCUUGAGGGAGAUUAUAAUGAGAUGUAUUCUAUACGUGUGAUAGCCUAUGAUUCAUGUGACCCGAGACAGACCAAUGUAGCCCUAGUGAAAGUGCAUGUAGAGCGUAACAAGAAUAAACCAAAAUUCACCAAUGCCAAUGUUAAUGUGACAAUCCUUGAGACUUACCCUUUAGGCAAGAAUGUCACCCAGCUGUUUGCCACUGAUAAAGAUCCUGGUGUUAAUGGUGAAAUAACUUACCAUCUGAUUAACACAAAUGGUGUGGAAGAUUACUUUUACAUCAACCCCAAGACAGGUGUAAUUGUGGUUACUACACCACUGACUCAGGAACCCCAGAAGAACAGACAAUAUGUGUUGAAUGUACAAGCCAUGGAUGGUGGACGCCCCCCAAAAUCUGCCCCUGCACAGGUGGUGGUAAAUGUAUUACGUAACAAGAAUGGUCCUACAUUUACGACUCCUGCAAAGACAGUGAACAUAUCUGAGUCUAAACAAGUUGAUCAGAGUAUUCUGGAACUCGAUGCUACAGAUAUCGAUGGGGAUUCCAUAACAUAUGAGUUAACAGGUGACUCUCCAGGACUGUACUACUUCAAGAUUGAUCCUGGUACUGGCAUAUUAUCCUUAAAGCGCCCCCUUUUUGGUGGUAUACUUACGCAGUAUGUGCUCGAUGUCACAGCAACAGAUAGUGGCAAACCUCCAUUGAGUGCCACCACGACUAUUACAGUGAAUGUGGAGCGUAAUCCGAAUGGACCUAAGUUUGGUGAAGCAAAAUAUUCCAAGACAAUCCCUGAGUAUUUUCCACCAAUAGUGGAAACUGUCAUACAACCUGAGGCUGAGGAUCUGGAUGGAGAUUCUGGUCCGGGUGAAAUAACAUACACCCUAGAGCCUGUAGAUGGAGAUGAUGAUGUCUUGGACUUCUUCGUGGUUGGUCCAAAAACAGGGGAAGUCUUUGUCGCCAAGUCUUUGACCUCUGACCCCCAGAAGCGACCUAAAUAUGUGUUUGACAUUUUUGCAACUGACAAUGGUCUACCCAAGCAACAAGGCAGAUCCAGAAUCACAAUAACAGUUCUCCGCAACUCCAAUGCUCCCCAAUUUGUGAACACCACCUAUACAGCAUUAGUUGAUGAAAGGGAGAUUCCAGGUUUUGUUGUUGUUGGGGUUGAGGCAACAGAUGCUGAUGCAGAAUUGCAACCAAAUAGCCCUAACAGCCAAAUAGUCUAUUCCAUCGAUCCUAACAAUGUCAAGGCAAAUCAAUAUUUUGCUAUCCAACCCCAACUGGGCAAUGUAUACAUCAAGAAGCAAUUGAUUGAAGACCCUAACACUAGACAGUACCAGUUCUUAGUCAUGGCUAGUGAUAGCGGGAUUCCAUCAUUGAGUACUACUGCUAGUGUCACCAUUAAUGUGGAGAGGCAUGAACGUAAUACUGAUAGUCUAGAAUUAGGUUUCAGUCUGGAAAAUUAUUAUGUUAGAGUGUAUGAGGAGCUAACAAUUAAUACAACCAUACGGGAACUAAAUGUCAUUAACCAGGCUACAGAUAAGAAUGUUGUUUGUGAAAUAGAUGAAGGAAAUGAUGAAGGCCACUUUGCUGUCAUAUCAACAAAUUUUAAGAAAGACUGUGCCAUUGUUAAUCGUAACGAACUAGACAGAGAGACAACAAGUCGAUACAACCUUACCGUAUCUGUUAAAGAAGUCAGCCAAAAGCGAGCUGCCUCAUAUGCCAUCACAUAUGUGAUAAUUGAUGUGCUGGACCUCAAUGACGAGGCACCUCAGUGGGUCUUCCCAGAUCCCCAACCAUAUCCUAGCCCUUCAACAACCAGUGGCAAGUACUUCACAGCCUUAAGCAAGACAGCAGAUGCAUCAACCUUUAUCAUACAAGUACUG